CUCUCCGUUCUUAUUUAUUUUUUGUUUCCCCUCUCCUUCUGCCCCGGGACAUCUUUGGUUUAGGGUCCCCUCAUUACACGAGCCUCGAAUUUGUCUUGAUUUGUCGGUUCCAGACACGCCUACGUAAUUGCUAGAACACGGCCCUGUCCUAUAUUCGCGACGACAUACCCUCCUUUUCCUCCAGACAACCCUAGACCGUAUACAAACGAUCGGCCCGAGCAAUUGGUCGUGGCUAUAGUUCUGUCUUAUGUCAAUAGAAGUGCGAAUCAACGGUAACAUCGACGGGAAUAGGCAAUGGCUUCGUUGAUGAGCAAGCGCCAGCAGGCGCGCAACGAAAAGGCGCUACAGGAUCUCGUCCACGAUGUGCCAGGAAACAACAGUUGCGCCGACUGCAGUGCGAGAAACCCAGCAUGGGCAUCAUGGAGCUUGGGCAUCUUCCUAUGUAUGCGUUGCGGUGCGAUUCAUCGUAAGCUCGGCACGCAUAUCUCCAAGGUCAAGUCCUUGAGCAUGGAUGGGUGGACGAAUGAGCAGGUCGAUAACAUGAAGCGAGUUGGCAAUACUGCUUCCAACAAGAAAUACAAUCCCGACAACAAGAAACCACCCGUUCCUGUUGACGCCGACGAAGCGGACUCGGCCAUGGAACGCUUCAUCAGGUCCAAGUAUACGCAGAGAGCAUCCGAAUCGAACGGAUCACAACGAGAACGAGAACAGACACAAUAUCGGACAGAAAGGCCGUCGCGAGGCAGGGCUGACUCUGACCUCGAAACGCCCCCUCCAGUGCCGUCAAAGACUGGCGGCUUUUUCAAGAAAUCAAACUCGAAAAGCUCAACCUUCCCCUUGUUUCGGUCAAAGAAGAGCGCAAGCUCACAGCACAUCCCUGAGGAACCGCGUAGCCCACCACCACUUCGCAACAAGCCAUCCAAGGUAUUUGGUGCCAGUGUUCAAAACGAUAGUGUGGACGACACGGCUCGGAAGUUGACCCAGCUCAGAGACAUGGGCUUUACCGACGACAAGCGCAAUGCCAUGGUUCUGAAAGGCGUCAAUGGCAAUGUUGAGAGGACUAUAGAGACGCUUGUGAGGCUGGGCGAAGGGGGAACCGGAGACCCCAUCCCAAGGCGUGGUAGUUCACUACAGACUCCUAGCACCCUUGCUACACCGAGAUCAUUGAGCCCUAGUCCCGCGACACCAACGACAGCAGGCCUCUCGAGGAUGAGCCCUUCGACUGCCAACAGCCCGGCUACUUCCAACAACCCGUGGGAUAUAUCUCCAGCCCCAGCGCCACCGCAAACGGCACAGUCGACAGGGACCAUGCCGAGCAAAAACCCGUUCUAUGCCAUGACCACCAACCCUUUCGGCGUUCCCUCACAGCAGAGUGACUACAACCUCAACUCGUCUAUGCAGAACCUCUCUUUGGCGCCAUCUCAACCACAACAGCUGUUCCCACAUCACACAGGUGGUCUACCAGCUCCUCCCAAUGUACAACAACCUAUUUAUCAGCAGUCUAUGACUCCACCGAUACCCCAAACGCAAAACUUUGCGUCUUUCUUUUCUAAUGGUAAUCAAGCAUCUUAUCAACAGCCCUAUCAGCAAUCUCAACCUCAACCUCAACCCCAGGUUCAACCUCAGCAGACUUACAAUCCCUUCCUGCAGAGCCCUGCACCGCAGCAGCAGCAGCAGCAGCAGCAGCAGCAAUCUCUAUCGGUGAAUAUUGCUCCCUUGCAGAAUCAAAAUACUGGCAGCAAUCCUUUCGCUAGGUCUCCUACUACUAGAAUUGGUUCUUCCCCAUUGGGCCAGAUACCGGAGCAGUCACAGCAAAACUUUUACGGCACUCCAACCUCACCAUAUGGAAAUAACCCCUUCCUCGCCAUGAACCAGCCUGCACAACAACCACAGUAUCAAGCUGCUCAACCGUUCGACCAGUCUAUGUUCCAAGUACAGCAGCAGGCGGCACAACAGCCACAGUAUCAAGCCCCUCAGCUGUUCGAUCAGUCUAUCUUCCAAGUACAGCCGCAGACGACACAACAGCCCCAGUAUCAAUCAGCCCAACAAUUUGACCAGUCCGUGUUUCAGCCACAGCAGCAGCAGGCACAGCCGGUAUACCAACCACCAAGGGAUAAAGCCACCAUUAUGGCACUAUACAACUAUCCGUCUGUGGCACCAACACCUUUGCAGCCUCAGAGUCAAAUGCCAAUAAACGAUGCCAGCAAUCAGUUGGCGGCUUCGCAGCAGCAGCCUUUGCCGCUGGCUUCUCCCCUGCAAAGCGUCGCACAUCCUAAAACUACAAAUCCCUUUCUUAAUGGCGGGGCAUCACCGCCAUCCGCGCACUUUGCAACAGUGAACAAUGCUGUGCCCUUCGGGUCUGCAAGGAGCCGCGAGAGUAUGACUUUGGGUGCGCAGAUGGAUUGGAAUAACGGUCGGCACAGCCCGGACGCAUUUGCCAGCCUGAGUGCCAGGGGCAACUAAUGUCAUGAUUGAUGCCACAGUGUGGGAAAUAAUACGGUCUGUAUAUAUCCAGCGAUGUAUCUAUAGUAAUGAUGUCGCCGAGAUCAGGC